AUGGAAUUAUUUCUGCAAACUAUAGACCAAAGCUUCGCUACUACCAAAGAAUUAAAUGAUAUCAAUCAAAAACUAAUAAGCAAUGAGGUUGUGGAUAAGAAAGAUAUACUGAAUGUGAAGAAACGAUUUAUAUUAAGUUCAGUCAAGUUACAGCGGUCAAUUCAAAAUCUUAAAGAUAUUGAAAAUGAGAGUAAAAAGAAUUUCAUUAAAAAGGAUAUAACAAACUAUAACAAAUUGGUAUCAGAAGUAGCAAAAGCAAAUCAAAAUUUGGCAGAAACAACUAUAUCUUAUGAGAAAUUAGCAUCGACUGUGAAAAUGCCAGAUUUUACUAUCAAUAUUAAAACUAUACGUAAGUUUCAUAAUGAAGACUUAAUUAAAAUAAGUGAGAAGAUAAUAUCUGCUGAUGAAUCAGUAAAAAAUAUAAAACUUAAUCAACUAUUUGCAUUAAAUUCCAACAAUGACGAAAAUGAUUUAAUAUUUCCUGAUAUUCAACUUCUUCAUGAUUUAAUUAAUCUAGAGUUUCAAGAAAAAAUUAAGAAAAGAGUGAUGCUAGAGAUUUUGAGUUUAAUAAAAGUCAAAUUGGAGAAAGAAACUAGAUCUUGGAUACAGCAGGAUAGUCUUUUGAAGCAUUUCUUGAAUGUUAAGGUUAAAGAAGUGAUUGAAAAAGUUGAAUUGCUUAAGUCUACGGACGAAAAAGAAAAAGAGGAAGAAGAGGAAGAUGAAGAAGAAGUAGACGAAAGAGAAGAUGAAAAUAGGCGGACGAGAGAAGAUCAAGAAACGGAAUAUCUUAGUGAGGAAGAAGCUUCCGUGGAAGAUGACUUAAAUGAAAGCAGAUUGAGUGGAGAUGAUGCUGAGGUAGUGGAGAUAGUGAGUGAAGAAGAAGAAAUUCAAGAUGAAAGCGAAUUACUAGAAAAGGAAUUGCAACCUGAACAGUCUUAUGAAGGGGAAGAAGUAGAAGAAGGAGUAGAAAAGGAUGAAGAAGUAGAAGAAGAAGAUGAUGAUGAUAAUGAUGAUGACGAUGACGAUGUCAUGAUGUUAGAUAAUUGA